UGUAAUGAACACUUACAGAAAUACUUGUAAUUUUGUUGUUUCAAAUUUGAUUCAAUCUUUCAAUUAGCAAACGACGAAACAAUCAAUGUAACCUUUUAAUCACUGUACAUUGUCCAAGUGUAUUUACUUCAUUUUCCGUAAUAAGUAAAACUUAAAAAUAUUAGGCAAAGUCGAUAUCCAACAAACAUGGCUACAUACAGUGACAUGAGUUUAGAUGAUAUAAUUCAGAAAAAAAAGAGGCAAAACAUAAGGCCUAAGUCAAAGAUGAAGACACAAGUCCCGAUUAAAAAACAAAAUGUGAUAGAUGCAAGGAAUAAGAUAAUAUCUAAAAAACGUACCCAUAUUGUAGAUGCAAGAGAAAAACUAGCAGAGAUGGCCAAGCUUAAAGAUGCACGGAUAAAGUUAGAAGAGUUAAGAGCCAGAAAGCAGGGAAUGGCAAGAUUACCAGAUGUUAAUUCCCAAUAUCAUCGUAAAUACACUCAUUACAAUCACCCAUCUAGAAAAGAAAGAGUAUUUACAGAUUCUUCGAGGCAGGUUGUAUCCCAGCCACUAAAUGUGAAACCAGUAAGAAGGCAAAACUUUAACAAUAGAAAGUUCAUGGGAGACAGGUCUAUAGAAUCCAGAAUGCUAGCAAAACCUACAUUAAAGCCUAUAAUAAGAACUGUGGAAAAUGACAUAGAAAUUGUUGAUGAACCAAUGGAAGAUAAAUACGAUAUUUCAAGAACAAUAUCUAAUCGAAAAGCAAGUUUACAGCUGAAAAUUGUUACUCAAAAUAAUAAUGCAUUCAGGAGUGCAACUAUAGCAAAAGAAAAGAGUCCACCAAGACCUCCCUCCAUUUUGAAGAAAAGACCAAUGGCUGCUUUGCGUAGUGAAAACAAAGUUGAAAAACUAGAGAAACCUGCUACUGAGUUUAGGAUUAUCGUCAGUAAUUUACGUAGCUCUGUUACCGCUGGAGAUAUUGAGGAGCUAUUUGGUGAUGUUGGUGGCAUGGUUGAAUCUCGUUUAGUCAGACCCGGGACAGCAGAAGUCAUUUAUAAAACUCUUGAGGAUGCUCAACAGGCUGUAGAGCUGUACCAUAAUAGACAAUUAGACAAACAACCAAUGAAUUGUUUACUUGUCACACCCCGCACAACAGCUCCCACACAUUCAAGCGGUGGUGGAGGUUAUCCUGCUCAAUAUUCUAUGCCGCCGCCUUCAUUAAGUGCGGGUGAUAGCAACUAUUCCCCCACGCCACAACAAGGAGGUUAUAAUCAAAGUAACUAUGCUGGACAAAAUACUGGGGCUGCUUGGAGCCAACCACCAAGUACCGGAAGUGCCACUGGAGGAAGCUAUGGUGGAUCGCAACAACAAGACAGCAGUUAUGGUCAAAAUUAUGGUUCUAACUAUGCAAGUGGAGCAGGAGGAGGAGGAGGUGGCGGUGGUAGUGGUGGCGGCGGAGGAGGAUAUGACCGUAAUAAUGGCAACAACUACAAUGUGAGCAGCAAUGACCGUGGAAGCAGCAGUUAUGGAAGUAGUGACCGUGGAAGCAGCUAUGGCAAUAGUGACCGUGGCGGCGGCGGCGGAGGCUAUGGGAAUGACCGUAGUGGUGGAUCAAAUUUCGGUGGGGACAGAGGUGGCAGUGGAGGUUAUGGUGGCUCAGGAGGGGGUGGGGACAGAGGAUAUAGAGGAGGAGGUGACCGCUCAGGAUACAAUAGAGAUGGGGGGAAUAGAGAUGGUGGAUAUGGUGGCGGCGGCAGGGGGGGUGGUUUUAAUAAAGGCGGCGGUGGUUUCGGUGGCGGAGACAGGGAUGGAGGUGACAUGGUAACCCAAGAAGAUACAGUCUUUAUUCAAGGCAUGAAUCCGUCUACGACUGAAGAUGAAUUGUGUCAACAUUUCGGUGCCAUAGGAAUUAUUAAGACCGAUAAGAAAACCCAAAGACCUAAAGUGUGGAUGUAUAAAGACAAAGCUACCGGUCAACCUAAAGGAGAAGCCACCGUCACUUACGAGGACUCUAAUGCCGCGUCUUCUGCUAUACAGUGGUUCGACGGGAAAGACUUCAAUGGGGCUACAAUAAAAGUUUCGCUCGCCCAAAGACAGAAUACUUGGGGCGGUGGUAAAGGCGGCGGCGGUGGUGGUGGUGGUGGCGGCGGCGGCGGCGGUGGCGGUGGCGGAUUCCGUGGCGGUCGUGGAGGCGGCGGACGUGGCGGUGGAGGCGGUGGCGGCGGCGGCGGCGGAGGAGGCGGCGGCGGCAACGGUCCUACGUUCAACCGCGCCGGUGAUUGGACUUGCUCCAACCCUAGUUGUGGAAACACCAACUUCUCGUGGCGAAAGGCCUGUAAUAGAUGUAACGAAGAAAAGCCAGGCGGGGGUGGAGACAGUGGUGGUCCACCGCAGGGUGGUCGCGGCGGUGGAGGUGGGCCUCCAGGCAGGGGUGGCCGUGGCGGCGGAGGUCGCGGAGGCGGCCGCGGAGGUGGCGGCGGCGGAGGCGGUGGGGGCGGCGGAUGGGGAGGUGGCGGCGGUGGUGGCCGCCCAGAUCGUGGCGGUGACCGCGGUGGAGAUCGACGGGGCUCAGGCGGCGGAGGUGGCGGAGAUCGUAGCGGCGGCGCCAUGAGAGGAGAUGGAGGAGGCAGAGACAGGCAGAGACCUUACUAAGUAUUUGAAUUUGGUGUAAAAUUAAGUUUAGUUUAGUCGAUCGUUAUGACUGGGUUGUAUGGGCUUUUUUUUAGCCCUAACAAUACAUAUUACCAUCUUCAAAUAAUUUUUAAAUAGCAAAUACGCAUAGUACAUUUCUUUUGUAUAAUGUAAAAUGCUGAAUACAAAUUUGUAACACCCCUAUAGAAACAACUCCCAAUGCAAUAGUGUUGGAUAUUCUGGUCAUAAAAAACUCGUUGGGAGGGGUGUUAGUAGUGUACCGAGAUAUUAAAUGGGUUUUAAUAAUAAAUCUUAUAUUUCUUUUUUUUCAUAUUCAAUCAAUCUAUAACAAAUAAUUUUUAUUCCAUUCAGUUUAAAUAAAAUUAUGUUAGGUCAUAAGUACAGACGUCGUGUUAGUAUCUGUCGAAGGUAGAAUUCUUUUAGAAAUAUUAUGUAUGUAUUGUAAUUUUUAAGUAACUAUAAGUUAUUCGAAACAUUGUGUUGACAGAAUAAAUUUAAUGACUAAAAAGGUAA